AUGGGAGUCCCCUCGUGCUAUUUUAUAAAACCAGUAUAUUGCAUCACAUCUAUUUGGCUCUAUUUUGUAUCUCCCGGCUUCUUCAGCGACCUGCUAACGUCUGAAGGCCUUUUAGCCAACUUGCCAGUUCCACAGCUGGGCAUCCAUUGCGACGGCACUGAUGCUUGUGACGAGCCCGAAUUGCCAGCUAGCCUAGCUGGCCGACGUAAUUCCUUGUCUUCAGGGUAUUCUUGGAAUGCUACAGGUGCUCCGGGUCGGCCAUACUUCUGGGCACAGCGACUCGCUGGUCUACCCUGUCUUCCUUGCCUUGGUGAUGAAGUAAAAUCAAACAUAGGCCGAUCUAGCCAGCUAUCUGGACUUGCUGAGCGCCGAUCUGGGCCACGACCUCACAAAUCUCUCCACUGUUUUCGAAAUACAGCCUCUAUGGAUAAUAAGGUGUCACAUAUUGCUGGAGUACCAAUAGGGUUAGAAGUGGAUAAUGCUUGGAAAGUGGGUGAUACUAGGCAAACUGUUGAUGUUCAAGGAACUAUGGACCGGGAGAACCAGAAGCAGGAAGACGAAGGAUCCAGCAUUCAGGCGGCUGAAGUUGAGGAGGACGAAUAUGAGGAUGAAGUUGAGAUGGAGGAUGACGAAUUAGAGGGUGAUCAAGAUGAUGAUUACAAUGCUGGCGGGCAUGGAGGUACAUCUAAACGGCUGUGUAGGCGAAGAGAUCGUUUAUCCAAGGGGCGAUCGUGUAUGGAUAAUGAAGUCUUGGAUACCUCCACAUCAUGCAGGUUUGGCCGAGCCCAAGGCCUCGUCACCUGUCUACAAGCGAGAUUGGAAGCUCGUAUUGAGUUAGUUACUGAGGUACGCCUGCCAUUUGUGCUAAGGAGGGUUGGUUGCUUUAUUGAAUAA